AUGUUUAACCUUGUCAAUCGGUUCCAAGGGGUGGCCAACAAGUUGAUGACGGUGGCACUCGUGGUAUCGGGAUUCAUUAUUGCCAUCACGUACCUUCAAUUGUACAAGGAAGACGUGUGGAAUUUACAUACCGCAUCCAUGAACCACAUUGAGCCAAGUGCCAAUGUUAGGGUUUCAAGACUAUUUGGAGCCAUUGAGGGGAAGCCCAAGGAGAACUCGAAGCUUACGUUUGAUUUGGACGCAGAUUUAACUUCCCUUUUCAAGUGGAACACCAAACAAGUGUUUGUGUAUUUAACUGCUGAAUACGAUGGGAAGGGUCCAGAAGCUUCUAAUCGAGUUACUUAUUGGGAUAAGAUCAUUACGUCUAAAAAUGAUGCAUAUUUGCGGUUAAGAAAGGCCAGAGGGAAAUAUUCCGUUUGGGACGUGGAAAAGUCAUUCCGUAACCGGGAAGCUAAACUUCGGUUGGAAUGGAAUAUCCAGCCUUGGAUUGGUCCGUUAAUGUAUGGAGAAAUUGAUACUGGAUCCACAUUCACGUUUGCUAAGACAGACAAAAAUAAGAAUAAGAAUAAGAACAAGAAUAAGAAUAAGAAUGAUAAGACCAAGUCCAAGACUGAAUCUACGGAAGACUUAAAGAUGAAGAUAAAGAAGAAGAUUGAAGUUGAAGUUGAACAAGAUUCGGAAAAACUAGAACGGAUAAUUUCAAAAGUGUCUGAAAAAUUAGAUAAGAAUAUGAAUUCGGAUAAUAUUAAUACGGAGAAUCAUCAUACGGAAAAUAAUGAUGCAAGUACAAACGUGGCGGAAUCUGUCUCAUCACAACCUGUCUCAAUGGAACAAGUAUCACCAAAUGAAGCAGAGUCAGUUCCUGAUCCAGAACCAAUUGAUGAAGUACCAGAGUCUCCUGAAAGUAACCCAUCAGAGUCCGAGUUGGUUCCCGAUGCUACUCCGAUUCCCGAACAAGAUGCCUAA